GAUUCAGAAUGUUAUUUAUUUUGAAGAAGAUGGAACUUCAAAAGAAACUGGAUAUUCUGAAAGCAUGAGCGGCUGGACAGUUGUGUCCUUUUCUGAAGUUGAGAGACUUGGUAAAGCAUGUCCCGUUCCACCAAGCCUACCCUCUAAGAAUGAAGUUGCUGUUGUUAUGUACACAAGUGGCAGUACAUGUCUGCCAAAGGGUGUUAUGAUAACACAUGGAAACAUUGUAGCCACUGCUGCAGCAGUUAUAACAGUCAUUCCAGAACUAAAUAGCAAAGAUGUCUACUUGGCGUACUUGCCCCUGGCUCACGUUUUUGAAUUGGCAGCUGAGUCUGUCAUGGUGGCUACAGGAUGUAGAAUUGUUAUGGUUCCCCAUUGACUUUAACAGACAUAUCAAACAAAAUUAAGAAGGGAACCAAGGGAGAUGCUUCUGAAUUAAAGCCAACUCUCAUGGCAGCAGUUCCUGCUAUACUGGAUCGUGUUCGAG